AUGGAGAUAAAGGAAGAUGCUGAAGCUGGACAUCAGGUCACACACCGCCAUGUUGCUGUUGUCAUGAGCUGGCGGAGCCCUUGGCAACUGUGGAAACAUUCUCUACCGGCUCACAACUGCCUUCGUCAGUUCAACAAGCCUGAAGAAGGGACCAUCUUCUCCGUUCAACAAAAGUGCAGCAACAUUCCGUGUUUCUGGGAAAACCAACCCAUAGGCUGUUUGAGGAUCAGUUGUAUCUUCCAUCAUAGCAAGUCUCGUAAUAUAAACGGACUCUUUUUGCCACCAGAUUCCCCGUUGCAUUGUGAUGACCAAGAAGGCAUUCAGCACCCAACCCAUAGUUGCAAAUCACCUGGAACUGAUAAGUAUAUUUCGCUAGCAAUUCACCCUCCAGUCAUCAUAAACCUCGAUGAUGAAGAUGAUGAAGAGGACAGUGAAGAGGAAGAGAACUACAUUUCUGAGUGGGUGCCUAAGACUGCUGCAGAUAUCGAAGAGGAAAGAGCAAUAAAGGAAAUAUGCUAUAAAUCUGGAGAAUUUUACAGGGUGCAGUACCCUCAGGAGAACCAGUCAACAAGCACUGUGCCUUCAUUCUGGGAAAAUGGGCUAUUACCCUUUGAAGCUCCUAAGCAAGUUGUGCAGAAAGGAAUUCACACUUCAGACUACAAAAUUAAACCAAGUCACCAACAAAUGAGUCAAAGGAAGGGUGAUGAAAAUGCUGCUUCUAUUUCAAAUGUGAGAGGAAUUGGAAGAAAGACUAAUUUCAAUUAUCCAGAAUACAAAGGAGCAGCAUACAUAGUCCACCGUAGUGACAUUCUAGAGACAAAGUCCAAGGAAUCUACAGGUGAUGGCACUACCACUCCUACAAAAUCUAAUAAUACAGAAAGAGAAGGAAAGAGUUCAGACAUGAGAGAACCAAGAGAAGGUGCUCCUGUAACAGGUUGUGUAUUUGUGGAAAAUGCAAUUUUAGGAAUUCACACUUCAGACCGCAAAGUGAAACCAAGUCACCAACAAAUGGGUCAAAGGCAGGGAGAUAAAACUGCUGCUUUUAUUCACAAUAUGAGAGAAACUGGAAGAAAAACUCAUUUCAGUUCUCCAGAAUAUCAAAAAUCAGCAUAUGUAGUCUACCGUAGUGACACCCAAGAGCCAAAGUCCAAUGGAUCUACAGACAAAUAUAACUCAGGAUUUUACAGUGCACCAGCUUGGAAGAAUAGAAAUCCACAUGCAAAAACGUUCCCUAAGAAUAGAAGAACCAUUCAUGUUUUACUUGACAAGUCCGAUAACAGGGCUCCAAAGUGUUCAUCUCCAACUCGCUGA